AUCACUUACAAACGGCACCUAUGCAGGACCCGAAGCCCAAGUUCCAGGAGGGUGAACGAGUACUGUGCUUUCAUGGGCCUCUUCUUUAUGAAGCAAAGUGUGUAAAGGUUGCCAUAAAGGACAAACAAGUAAAAUACUUUAUACAUUACAGUGAUUGGAAUAAAAAUUGGGACGAAUGGGUUCCAGAAAGCAGAGUACUCAAAUAUGUGGACUCCAAUCUUCAGAAACAGCGAGAACUUCAAAAAGCCAAUCAGGAGCAAUAUGCAGAGGGGAAGAUGAGAGGGGCUGCUCCAGGAAAAAAGACAUCUGGUCUGCAACAGAAAAAUGUUGAAGCGAAAACAAAAAAGAACAAACAAAAAACCCCUGGUAAUGGAGAUGGUGGCGGUACCAGUGAGACACUGCAGCCUCCUCAGAAGAAGAGGGCCUGGGUAGAUCCUACUGUUGAAAAUGAAGAAACAUUUAUGAACAGAGUUGAAGUUAAAGUAAAGAUCCCUGAAGAGCUAAAACCAUGGCUUGUUGAUGACUGGGACUUAAUUACCAGACAGAAGCAGCUCUUUUACCUUCCUGCCAAGAAUGUGGAUUCCAUUCUAGAGGACUAUGCAAAUUAUAAGAAAUCUUGGGAAAACAUGGAUAAAAAGGAGUAUGCUGUUAAUGGGGUUGUAGCAGGGAUAAAAGAAUUCUUCAGUGUGAUGCUGGGCACUCAGCCCCUCUACAAAUCUGAGAGACCACAGUGCACUGAGAUCCUUGCUGGUCACCCUGAUACACCUACGUCCCAGGUGUACGGAGCCCCACAUCUACUGAGAUUAUUUGUAUGAAUUGGAGUGAUAUAUCACUUCUUGGCCUUUUGGCUAAGAUCAAGUAAAUUGGAACGAUGUGGGCCUACACAUCUCUGGACGAGAAGAGCCUUGCUUUAUUACUGGGUAUCUUCAUGAUUUCCUUAAGCAUCUGGUGAAGAAUUCAGCAACUUUGUUUAGUGUCAGUGAUUAUGAAGUGGCCCCUUCUGAGUGCCACCCGAAAACAGUGUGAGGCGCUCUCACCCAUGUUUGGAUCUCUGUCAACACAUUUUUGUUCCUAGUCCUUCUCUUGUACAAAUGAU